UAACUACAUACUUAAAUUUAAUUAACCACAUCAUAAUAAAUCCCAUAAUUAGUGUCUCAAAAACUCUAUAUUAUCAUGUCUUCAUCCCUUGCAUUUCAUGCAAUAACAAAAAAUUGUGUUUUUCCUAGUUCAAAAAAUGCUUCAAAAUCAUCUAAAAAAUAUGAUGCUAAUAAUAAUAGAAAUUUAUUAUCGUUUGGCAAUACCCAAAGUUUAGGUACUAGCAAAGGAGAUCACAACAACUUGAUGGCCACUCAUGUGGCCACUAGAUUGCCUCCUGUAAUUUCUCCUCCGAUUCCGACUCCGACUCCGAAUCCGAUACCGAGAAAAGAAGAAACAAACAAUGGUGGGAAACUAGCUGCUUGGACAAGCAUUAAACAAGAAAGAUGGGAAGGGGAGCUUCUUGUUGAAGGUGAAAUACCUUCAUGGCUGCGUGGAACAUAUCUAAGGAAUGGUCCUGGCUUAUGGCAUAUGGGAGACUACCAAUUCAGGCACCUCUUUGAUGGUUAUGCCACCCUUGUCAAGCUUCACUUUGAGAAUGGAAGGCUCGUCGCCGGCCACCGUCAGCUCGAAUCCGAGGCCUAUAAUGCGGCUAAGAAGAACAGAAAAAUAUGUUACCGUGAAUUUUCUGAAACCCCUAAACCCAAAAAUUUUCUCGAGUACAUUGGUGACCUAGCCAAUCUAUUCUCUGGUGCUUCACUUACUGAUAAUGCUAAUACAGGAGUGGUGCGGCUUGGAGACGGACGAGUAAUUUGCCUAACAGAGACACAAAAAGGGUCAAUAAUAAUUGACCCUAACACAUUGGAAACGUUGGGGAAAUUAGAGUUUAACGACCCCUUUCAAAGGCUACUUUUACACUCGGCUCAUCCUAUUGUAACAAAAGAUGAGCUGUUGACUUUGCUCCCAGAUUUAGUCAACCCGGGAUAUCUAGCGGUCAGGAUGAAAGCAGGAUCAAAUGCACGACGGGUGAUUGGACGGAUUAAUUGUCGCGGUGGGCCCACACCCGGGUGGGUCCACUCGUUCCCCGUUACCGAAAAUUACAUAAUUGUGCCGGAGAUGCCGUUGAGAUAUUGUGUAAGGAAUUUGUUGAGGGCUGAGCCAACCCCACUUUACAAGUUUGAGUGGCAUCCUGAAUCCAAAGCUUAUGUGCAUGUCAUGUGUAGAUUCAGCGGCAGCUUGGUGGCAACAGUAGAAGUGCCCUUGUUCUUGACAUUCCAUUUCAUAAACGCAUACGAAGAAACAGACGAGGAAGGCAACGUAACCGCAAUCAUUGCAGACUGUUGUGAGCACAAUGCAGACACUUCUAUCCUUGACAAGUUAAGGCUCAAGAAUUUACGUUCCUCCAUAGGUCAAGAUGUGCUUCCAAGUGCAAGGGUUGGUCGAUUCAGAAUUCCCAUGAAUGGAAUGCCAUAUGGGAAGCUAGAAGCUGCACUUGACCCAGAAGAGCAUGGGAGAGGGAUGGAUAUGUGUAGUAUCAACCCUUCUUACAUGGGCAAAAAGUACCGUUACGCUUACGCUUGUGGGGCUCAUCGCCCUUGUAACUUUCCCAACACUCUUACUAAGAUUGAUUUGGUUGAGAAGAAGGCCAAAAAUUGGUACGAAGAGGGUGCCGUGCCUUCUGAGCCAUACUUCGUCGCUCGCCCCGGGGCAACAGAAGAAGAUGAUGGAGUGGUGAUAUCAGUGGUAAGUGCAAAAAAUGGAGAAGGAUAUGCAUUGGUUCUUGAUGGGUCCACCUUUGAAGAGAUUGCACGGGCUAAAUUUCCGUAUGGUCUUCCUUAUGGUUUGCAUGGAUGUUGGGUUCCUAUGGAUUAAUUUGCCCUAGCUAGCUUAAACCUACGUACACGUACUCUAGCUAGCCACUACGCCCACACGCUAGCUACCCCGGCCCGAGCGUAAGAACACCGGAAAAGGGCCCGAGCCUAUCAUCGACGUAUAUAACUUGAAAACAGCCAAUUCUAUAAGUUUUCUGCGUCAUUGGAGGCCAAUCGAUGGUUUGGGGCAUGCAUCUUAUGAUUUUAUGAAUACUCCAUAAGUCCAUAUAUAUGUUACUUUUGUGAUACGGAGUACUCCGUAAUUAGUUUUCACAUGUAUACAAGUAUAUGUAUGUAUAUUUAUACAUAUAAUUUUACUAGGCCAUGUUGGCCCAUGACGUAUUAUAAAGUAUAUAGUGUAAAUAUUGCAACUUUGUAUCGUUAAUAAUGCUUGGAUUAAAGAAGCAUAUGUACACUUUGUAUGCAAGAUCAAUUACAAUUAUUAAUUUCAUGCUAAUUGGAAAAGAUAUUUAUCGCGAUUGU